AUGCCGUACUUUACUGAGAUUGCUUCAAAAGCUGGGUAUGCACUUCUCACAGCACCUCUCGUAGUCCUCCAGGCCCCUUGGGCGUUUUCAAAUUCCACUGAUGAUGAUCACAUCGUUUUCUUCUCACGACCCAUGCUAACUCUCCGCAACUUCCACUCCCUCCUCAAGCCCUGCACCGGAAAAACACUCCUCGUCGCCCACUGGCCUGGCGACAGCACCUCGGCGGCCUUAAUCGCCUCCUUGAAGAAGCUGCUUCCAAAACGCGACUUUGCCACCCACGGCGUCACGGAAGCCUUCAUCUUCGAUGUCUACGGCCUGCCGGACCUGUCCGGCGAGCUUGGUAUUGACUUUGUGCCGUGUCUGAUGUGGUAUAUGGAUGGGGUGCAGGAUGCGGUUGUUUGGCAUCAAGGGUGUAUGGUGGAAGGAGAGAGUGUGGAAAAGGGGGUUAGUAGGGUUGUCGAGAGGUUGAAGGGGAGUUAUGAGGUUGGGGCGGAUAUAGAGGGAAGUGAUAGUGAUUGGUAG